CCAGCGUGCAAAGAGAUCUGCGCUCGAUUGGUGGAGCCUGGACAAGAUGUCUGCGCCCUUGUGAGAGCUGUCAGUGAGCGGCGAGUUGGUGACAAUGUUGGGGCUGAGGAGAGCGGUGUGUGAAGUCCUGGGCCGGGGUGUCAGCUCUGACUUACUGUCUGCAGGAAGGCAGGUUGUCAGAUGUCAGCCAUGGAUCAGAGAGAGGGUGAGCCGGCCUUCAGCAGGUUCAAAUCUUAUUCAAGUUGCCAGGACAUAUGCUACGAAAACAACAGGAGUUAGUAGCCAGUUGGAUGAUUUGCCAGCCACAUUACUUAAGAAGGAGUAUGGCGAAGUGCAAAAAGUAGAAGGAGUUAAUGAAGUUGUCAAAAGGCUUUUGUCAUUAGACAUGGCAAGUCAGUCUGACAAGCUCAAAAUAAAAAUCCAGCAGCUCGUGGAUAAAGUGAAAAGAAGUCCUGAUGAUAGAACAUCUAAAGAAGUCAAAAUUGCAGCUUUGACAGGCAGAAUCCAAAACUUCAAGGAGCACAUCCAAAAGCACCCAAAGGACAAGGCAAACAAGAGAAAGAUGCUAAUGUCAAUAGAUCAGCGCAAAAAGAUGUUAAAAGAGCUGCGGCUGACUCGUUAUGACACUUUUGAGCAUGUAUGCAAACAGCUAAACAUUGAAUACACUUUCCCUCCAGAGUACUACAGACGUGCAACCAAGAGAUGGCAGGCAAAGAAAGCUUUAUGCUUGAAGGUAUAUGCAGAAGUAAAGAAACAGAAAGCUGAAGGGUUGAUAAAAGAGUGGAAGCCUAGACAAUCCAGAGCCAGGCGUAUUCCAGUAAAGGCAUGAUGGAUAUCUUAAUUUCUACUGUACUUUUCCCUGAAAAAUUAAAUAUCAUGUUCUUUUCGUUUGUCGAUAUACCUUCAGUCACAUUCUACUGUGCAAACACUUCUUAUAUACUAUUUAAGAGUGAUGUCAGACCAAAACUCCCUGCUUCUGAAGGUAGACAUAAGGUUUGAAAUGUACAAUUACAAUUGUUUUCUAGUCCAGAAUAAUAAAAGUUCAAUUUUUGUUUACAGUG